UUCAAACUCUGCAGCUCGCUUGUAAACAGAUUGCCACUUUCAGAUCAUAAUAGCUUAUAACUAUCCCUCGACGCCAUGGCGUCUCAUUAUUACGCGCUGCAGCGGCCGGCUCCGUGGCUCGAAUCGCCCGCAAAGGCUUUCGCGAAGCUGAAGUACAAAGUUCAGACGGAGACGAUGCGGCGGACGGAGGAGCGUCCCGCAGCCGCCGGCAGGCCCCGGAGGGCGGGCAGCGUCUCCACCACCGCCAGCAGCGGCGAGCUGAGCGAGGCCCGGGCUCUGACCCUGUCCCCCAUACCCAGCCCCCCCAGGACCUGCGGGGCUUCGGGCUCCGGCAGCCAGACGGAGGAGGAGAGUCCGGGAGAGAGCGGAGGCGGACGGGGCCGCGCGCCCAGAGCCUUCCUCGAGUCAACCGCCGUCCUGACAAAACCGCCGCAGAUCAGAGACUUCGGGGGCUGCGACGUGUCGGAAAUCCGCGGACACCAUGUGUUUACCGAGGACAGCGUGGUUUCCCCCAUGAAGACCCGGCUGAGGAAGAGAGUCCUGCGGCCACGGCUGAGGAGAACCUCCGGGGACAAGAACCACGCCAGCUGCUACUCGCACCGCAGGAAACUCCCUGCCGCCCGGCCAGAGGACAGGUCCGAGCCCCCACCUCCAGCAGCCUCCACGGACACACGCCGUGGUUCAGUUUUGGAUCAGAGUCCUCCAUCAUCUCCAGUGCAGAUGUUCCCGUAUGCAUGUGAGAGAGAGAGCCAGAGGAACCUGCAGAGGGACGGCAGCAGCAGGACGUUUGUCCUCAAUGGAGGUAAAGCGGAUCAGUUCCUCGUGCGUCGACUGGAGGAUGUUAAUAUGAGAACCGCCCCGGAACGUGUGACUGGAGGCUCGGACAGCAGCCACUCGGAGUGUGAGCUCACAGAGGAUGUGCCGCUCCGGGCGCUCAGAGACGACGGGCCUUUACCGAACAGAUAUCACGCCAGAGUGGCCCAGAACACCCCCAUGUCGCCCGCCAAGGUGUUUGCUCUCAUGAAGGACAGAGAAAACAGAAGGGAUCCACAGAAAGGCCCUCAGCUCUGCAGAAGAGAGCUCAGCCACGCGGAUGAGGUUCAGCAGCUCAGAGACGCUCCUCACUCCAAACCUGAGGACUCUGCUUCUAGAAACACCUCAGAAAGCGUCUGUGCCCACGUCCCGUCGGACGCCGAGCCCUCUGGGAACACGGCCCAGAGCCCUGCAGCAGCGCCGCUGUCCACUCUGCUGGAAGACCCGCUGCUGCUGAACUCUCCACAAGUCUUCAUCCCAAAGAGAGAGGCGACAGCGCUGAACAGCAGGUGGCCCUCCCACAUCAAGCUCCCCAGUGAGAGUGUGAUCUAUCUGAAGAAGUGGUGUCUGAGGAAAACCAAAAAAGGCCUGUACGUCGACGGAAUUCACUGUUCAGAGAACGUUCACUGGAACAGUAACGUCAUCGUGGAGCGGAUCUCCAAGACGGUGUUGAAGACGGUCUCGGGGAGGAUUUACAUCCUGGUCGGGAGGAUGAUGAAGAGCGUCUCAUCUGACUUCCCUCAGUGGCUCCUGAAGAAGUUCGUUAACGGCUUCCCCUCUGACUGGAAACGACUGUUCGAGAAGUUCCAGUCAGAGUCCAGAAAAAUCGUUUCGUUUAGCUGUCGAAGUGGAGGGAGAAGGAAGAGCGAUGAUGGGAGACGCAACACGGCCAAGAAGAAGCCCGAAGCCUCGUCCGUGAGAGCCAAGAAGCCUCUGAGCCCUGCUGGUCCCAGUCCUCCGCUCGACUCUGCCAAAGUGUCCAGAAGCGGCCGGCUGGUCAUCCCGCCGCUGGAUUACUGGAGGGGAGGGAGAGUCGUUCUGGACGCGCACAUGAACGUUACCAUCCACGAGUGCUACGAGACCACCAUCCCCGUCCCGACGGCCUUAGCAAUACAGCCGGCGUGUCCCUCAGAGGCUCCCGUCCGUCUGCCGCCGGCCGGGGAUAAAGGUGCGUCGGCGCAGCGUCCAACACGAGGCCCUCGGGCCAAAAAGCCGCCCGCAUCAAGCUCCAGCCCUGGUCCAGCUUCAAAAGGAAGCAAAACAUCCAAAGAAGAGUCGCCGCCGCUGCAGAAGCCUCAAGUCUCAAGAAAGGUUAGAUCUCCAGAAGAACCCGAAGCCAAAGUCCCACAGCGGAGAGGUCGAGCGGAGAAGUCCUCAAGACAGAAAUCCAACAAUCCUUCAACAACCGUGUCGAGGACGAGAAGGAAUAACCUCAAAUCCCCAGAAGCUGCUGUAGAGAUCAGCGAAUCCUCAUCGUCCGACGAAGACUGUUCCCACAAGAGGAGGGGCCGGAGGCGGCGAGCGCCGAGCAGCAGAGGAGGGGCGGUUCCCGGCAGGGCGCCGCCAGAACUCCUGUCCUCUGAGGAGAGCGUCCAGGAACCCGGGAAGAAACGCAGCGCAGCGCAAACUAAAGCUAAACCCAGCCGAAGCAAACGUCCCACAGCGUCUCCAGAGACCCGCUCAGCAGAGCAGCGCCACGGCCGGCACGCCCCGGAGAGCAGCCGGCCGCCCCAGAAGGCCAAGAGGAGGAAGGCGGAGGCGCCGAAGGCCGCAGACAUGUGUGAACAGAAGAACUCCGACCAGUCAUCUGAUGACGACUUCACCCACAAGAGGAGGAACCAGAGGCGGCGAGGGACGGCUCCCAGCAGGGCGCCGCCAGACCCCCAGUCCUCUGAGGAGAGCGUCCGAGAACCCGGGAAGAAACGCAGCGCAGCGCCAACAAAAGCCAAACCCAGCCGAACAAAACGUCCCACGGCGUCUCCAUCCAGCCGGAGGCCGAAGGUCAGAACGGGAAAAGCAGCGACUCAACAAGACCCUGACGAAGACCGAUGGACGGAGGCGGAGCUGAAGAGGCUGCAGGAGGCCGUCUCCUGCUAUCCCAGACACACACCGGGCUACUGGGAGCGGGUGGCCGGGAUGGUGGAGACCCGCUCGGCAGAGCAGUGCCACGGCCGCUACACGGCCCUGGAGAGCAGCCAGCCGCCGCCCCAGAAGGCCACGAGGAGGAAGGCCGAGGCGCCGAAGGCCGCAGACGUUCCUCUGAUAUCGGCCCGAGCGGGAACCCUGAAGAGGAAGCAGCAGGUGCGGCAGUUCCUGGAGGCCAUGCCCAGAGACGACAUGGACGACGCCUUCAGCUCCGCCCACAUGCAGAACAAACGCGUCGAGAUCCAGACUCUGUGCCUGAACGAAGACAGCGACAUCGUGCUGUCCGAGCUGGAGCCUCUGACCCCGAGGUCGGCGUGUUUCCCCGAGGCGAAGACUCCUCAGUGUCUGCACAUCACGCCGGGCAUGAUGGGAUCGCCAAACAGGAGUAACGACGACAAGUACGUCUUCCAGCUGCAGAAGAGGAUGAAGAAAAGCCGAUUUGACGUCCAGAAGCGAUCGCGUCCUUCAAAAAAGUUCACACCCACACCGUCGGUGAAAAAGCCGCUGAGGAGAUGUGAUCAAACAGGAAACGACUCGUUUGUGGUUUGGGAGAUGUUUUCUGGGAAGGAGCUGGCCUCACCGGACAGCGGAGAAGAAGAAGAAGAAGAUUUCUACUUUUCAGACAGCGACUGAGUGGAGCUGAUGCUCACUGUUCAAUAUGUUCUUUGUAAAAUAUUGUUUCAAAUGUAAUAAAUCGUUUUCGGUUUUAGUGAGAUCAGUACAAAGUCAUAAAAGAAUAAAUCUUCUGGGAUGAAUUUGGUUAAACUUCAGUCGCCUGACCGAUUGUUCCUCUGAUAGAGCUGGACGGUUUCAGGCUGACUGAUCUCUGCUGGACGACAGACGUCUCGUAAUGCGUCUAUUUCCGGGACGCCUGAGUGAGCCGGGGUGAAAGCAGUUCACGUCUAGUUGUUGGGACCUGUUGUACCGAGGCGCCAUCCUAUUUUAGAAUGCUUUGUGGGAAUGUCCCAUCAUGCAAAGCUUCUGUGUCAGACAUGCAGAAGUCGUGUAUAUUUCUAUAUACAGGUUAUGUGUUUGAUUUGAGUUUUAGAUGGAAGGACAUGAAUCAAAAUCAGUGUGAACAAUUUGAAAUAAAAAUUAAUCUCCAUCUUUCUCCUGAGUCUUUAGCCAGGCCAAGGUGUAGGCGGAACCACUCUCAUGCUCAGUGAGAACAUGCAAUCUUCACACAGAAAAGGACAGACUCAA